AUGCAACGUGAUUCAAGCUGUGUAUUUGAACUCAAACAGUUGAGCCUUUCUGGUUGUGAAGAAUUACUUGAAGUUCAGGCUUCUGCUUUUUCUAAGGACACACUUGUUACUUUGCUACUGGAUGGGUGCAAAAAAGUGCCAAGUCUUAUGGGUGAGAAGCAUUUAAAAUCUCUAGCAAACUUCAGUGUCAAAGGUUGCUAUGGUCUGAAGGAAUUUUCAUUAUCUUCGGAUGCACUAAGAAGGUUGGAUUUGAGCAAUACAGGAAUUGAAAUAUUGCAUCCAUCAAUUGGUGGUAUGACUAAGCUUUAUUCGUUAAAUCUAGAAGGUUUAAAUCUAACAAGUCUACCGAUUGAAUUGUCUUACUUGGCACUUACUGAACUUCGGGUUUCUAAGUGCAGUGUAGUAACCAAAUCAAAGUUAAAAGCCCUAUUUGAUGGUCUGAGCUCACUAAGAUUACUACACUUGAAAGACUGUAGUAACUUGUUUGAACUCCCUGCAAACAUUAGUUCUUUAUCAUCAUUGCAAGAGUUAAGACUAGAUGGAAGCAAUGUGAAGGAGUUGCCUGCUAGCAUCAAAGACCUCUUAGAGCUAGAAGUUCAGUCUUUAGACAAUUGCAGUAAGCUUCAAUGUCUGCCAAAACUGCCUUUAAGCAUCAAAGAGUUUCAGGCUGGCAACUGCUUGUCGUUAACGACUGUAUCCACUUUGAAGACUUUUUCAGUAAACAUGAUUGGACAGAACAAAUACAUUUCGAUAACGAAUAGCAUUAAGAUGAAACUGGAUGGACCCUCCCUUGCCUGCAUGACGGAAGAUGCCGUGUUAACAAUGAAAAGUGCUGCCUUUCACAAUGUAUUAGUGAGAAAGUACAGAUUCCAAACCCACAGCUACAAUUAUAACAGCGCCGAGGUAUGUCUGCCAGGACACAGAAUUCCAAGUCAGUUCAAACAACGAUCCACCACAUACGCCUCCUUAACUAUUGACGUUCUCAACUGGGUGGGCUUCAUUUUAGCAGUUGUUGUUACUCCAUCUAACAUAACACAAGAGGGUGAAUACUUUGUUGGAAUCCUAUGUCAGUGCUAUUCGGAAGAUGGAAGGACGGAAGUGGGAAAUAAGUCUAAGUGGAAGCCUAAACUGGUUACAGAUUUGGAAAUGGAUCAUAUUUUUGUAUGGUAUGAUCCAUUCCUUUGUGACACCAUACUCAGAAGGAAUGAAAGAAAGGUUUCUUUUAAAUUCUAUAUUACAACUUAUACAACUAGUGGCAGAGAAAUUGGUGACCUUUUAAAAAUCAAAGAGUGUGGGGUUUGUCCAAUUUACUACUCAGAAAGUCAGAAGGUUUUAGGCACAGGGAAUUUAGACAAGGACUUGGAAAAAGAGUUGUAUCAGGAAAUUGAACAUGAGAGAUCAGUUGAAGGCUAUGAUGAGGGAGAAGGCAUUGAUAUCCAAAUAGGAAACACAGACACAAGAGCUUAA